AUGUUAAGAGAUGCUUCAGAUACACUGUCCUCCUCUUUUAUCAUGUUACCCUCAGAUGCAUUGUCUUCUUCCUUCAUCAUAUUCAGCACAGCCCAGAAAUUGGAUAAACUUGGGAUGCGAGGAAGUGAUACAUGUGAACUCUUGUUUGAGAAUUGCUUGGUUCCUGAAGAAAAUGUUCUUGGGAAAGUAGGAAAAGGAGUCUAUGUCAUGAUGGCUGGGUUGGAUCUGGAGAGACUUGUUUUGGCAGCUGGUCCCCUUGGUAUCAUGCAGGCAUAUCUUGAUGUGAUCCUUCCUUAUGUUCGACAAAGAGAGCAGUUCAGUCGUCCCAUCGGGAAUUUCAGUUUAUACAGGUCCAUAUUGUUGAGAAAUGGUUUUUCUACAAUCAUCCUGGCAUUUUAUUGCAUUAAUGGCUACUGCUUUCAGGAUUAUGCUGGAAUUAUACUUACUGCAGCUGAGAGUGCAACCCAAGUUGCUUUGCAGGCAAAACAAUGUUUGGGAGGAAAUGGAUAUGUGAAUGAGUAUCCAACUGGUCGUCUUCUGAGAGAUGCCAAACUAUAUGAGAUUGGUGCAGGAACUAGUGAGAUCAGAAGAAUGAUUAUUGGACGUGAACUCUUCAAGGAGCAGUGGUGA